GGCGUCCACAACAUAAGCAUCAGAUAACCAGGCAACCAAUGAAACUGGUAGGGCUAGAUGGCAUCCUCUCAGCCUCGCCCAAUUGCAUCAUUUUAAACGAAAUCAGAGGCUUAGAGACGCAAAAAAUAAAAAAUUAAAUCACUCGACGGGGAACCUGCCUGCUAGCAUCAAUCAAAUCGCGAUCAUUCUUUAUGGUUGCAUCGCAGACAAGGUAAGCGCGGCGCGGAGGAGCGAACGCGGCUUUAUUCCGGCGUACCUUUGAGACAGAAGUCGCGCCCAUUUGUGCAGAAAUUGAACGUGCUGAUUGAGACAAUAACGAGCAUGAAAGAAAUGGCCGAAGCGACGACGACAGAGGACGUUUAUGAUGAUGCUUACGAGGAGAAACCGGGCCCGAGUCCUCCGGUGAAAAUCGUAUGGAGAAACGUUAUAUUAAUGUCUCUUUUGCACCUAGGAGCUCUUUACGGUCUGAUGAUUUUUCCAUCCGUCUCGUCCUUAACGCUGAUAUGGACGGGAGUGUGUUUCAUGCUAAGCGCUCUAGGAAUAACCGCCGGCGCCCAUCGCCUUUGGAGCCACAGGUCUUACAAAGCCUCGCUGCCGUUACGAAUCUUCCUAGCAAUCGCAAACUCCAUGGCUUUUCAGAAUGAUAUCUAUGAGUGGGCCAGAGACCAUCGUGUCCAUCACAAGUUUUCAGAGACUCAUGCGGACCCACACAAUGCCCGCAGAGGAUUCUUCUUUGCUCACAUCGGCUGGCUGCUGGUCCGCAAACACCCAGAAGUUAUUGAGAAAGGACGCAAACUAGAGCUCACUGAUCUAAAAGCGGAUGGGGUUGUGAUGUUUCAGAGGAGGCAUUACAAGUUAUCCGUGGUUGUGAUGUGCUUUCUCAUUCCCACAUUUGUACCUUGGUUCUUUUGGGAAGAGAGUCUUUUGACCGGUUACUUAGUUCCUUGCCUGUUGAGAUACACUGUGUGCCUUAAUGCGACCUGGCUGGUCAACAGUGCAGCUCACAUGUGGGGAAUGAGGCCUUAUGACCACAACAUCAAUCCCAGAGAGAACAAGUUUGUCGCCUUCAGCGCCAUCGGUGAAGGAUUUCACAACUAUCAUCACACAUUCCCCCAUGAUUACGCUGCAAGCGAGUUUGGCAGUCGGCUGAAUCUGACCAAGGCAUUUAUAGAUCUCAUGUGCUUCUUUGGACUGGCCAAGGAUUGCAGGAGGGUAACUCAUGAGACUAUCAUAGCCCGCGUUCAACGCACCGGCGAUGGCAGCCACAAAAGUGGUUGAUUUAUUCAGUGUAUAUGACAAAAAAACAAAGAAACAAAAAAAAUUAUAAGGCAACGUAUACAAAAGCAUUUGCAGCAUUUCUUAGUGUGCAACGAAGAUUGAUCUAUAUACACUCUCAUAUGAAAUAAGAAACUCUAGAGUGUGUUGGACUAAUAUGUGUUCUUAAGAAUUCUUUCCUUUUCAUGACAUGUUCCGGACUGCGGGAGAUUAUUUUCAGAGAUGGUAAAGGCCAUAGAUUGGGAGGAUAAUUAUAUCUCAGUCUGCCUCAAGAGGCAAGAGAUGGUACUUCACUAGUUUAAACAGCCAUGUGCCUCAUUACAGCCCUCUCUCAUGAACAGGUUGACCCAUGUUUUCUCUGGCUAAGCAGUUGCUGCUAUGGUUCUAUACAAGCUGUAAAAAUAAGAUGACACGCUAAUAACACACUGGCACUAUUUUAGAUUUUCUUAAAAGAUAAAAGCUUUUUUUCCAUUUGAAACUGGGAAAAAAAAUUAACGACCACCAAAAAAGUUAUUUAUAGCAUAUAUAGUCAAAGAAGACUGUGCCAUAGAAAAGUCCACGGGAAAACUGGUCUCAGUUGACCUAAAAUGUUGACGUAUAUAACUCUGGUUAGUUCUGUUUAGAAUAGGUUUGUUAGUAGUGACAGUAUACAUCAAAAUACAUUGCCAUUAUUGAUCAAAAUAUUUAAAAUUAAUUUUAAUUAUUAUUUAAUUUUAUUUUUAGUCUAUAUGCCUGCAAAGGUCAUCAGAUUAGUGACUCUUGUAAUGAGGAGUGAGCAAUUCAUCAAUAAAAUGAAUUUCUUAAUUAUUAUUUUCCAUGUUGCAUAGUGCUCUAUCAAGUUUCCUUGGACUCUUGUGGUCCUGUAAAAAAAGUACCUGUCAAAAUGACCAGGUAGGCCUAUACGGUAAACUUUUUUAAUUACAAAUAUAUUGAAGUAUGAAAGGAUUUUUUCAAGUAUUAUAAAACAUAUUUAACCAAAAACAUUUUGAAAAAAAAUUUGUCUGUUGGGGUAAAAGUGUUAAGGUGUACACUUACUAGGACAUUUAUUUGUCCUCAUGAUAUAAUCCAAGGAUUGGAAUAUUCAAAUGUCUUCAUCAGAUAGAAUCUUGCCCUUUGCCUUAUAAAAUAGGCCUCUCUCUCUCUAUAUAUAUAUAUACAGAUUUUGGGUUGGACUCAAAAUUGAAAACACAAAGAUGAUGUAUAGCAUCAGAAAAAUUAAUUCAAACUUAUAAAGUUUUAAGUCAUUCAGGGUGGGCUGUUUUCUUGGCUCUUCUGUGACGAAUGAAUGACCAUCUGUAGCUCCCUAUAUUUUUUUCUCAUAAAUGUUUGAUAGGUUGAUAUUGGUACGCAUUUUCCAAAAAAAAAAAAAGCCAAAUGCUUUAUAUAUUUAAAACCCAUGUUUAAGAAGAAACACAAACUGACACUACGUUUUUCAGCUUAAUUAUUUAUACAGUGUUGACCUUUGAUGUCUGGGAGCCUUAAUGGGCACAUUUUCAAGGAAUGUUGUUUCAUGUACCAUAAACCAAAAUUUCUAUAAGUGGAAGAGUUUUGCGAGUUGUACCGUGAGUUUUGUUAUGAAUCAAUAUUAAUCUUUUUCUUAAUUGAAUAAAAUGUGUGUAUAUCUGAAAA